AUGGUACCUAAAAUCCCUUCCUCAUCCUAUGCCUCCGCCAACUUGACAUGUCURUCGCACUUAGCGAAGACUACCGCAGCCAUUAAAAGUAAAUUGACCCCACCACAACUUAGGAUGUUUAGGAAAACUGUAUUCGGUCAUCUCCUUGACUUGGAUCUCGUAUUUAAYGGGCCAUUGAUACACAACAUCCUACUUAGGGAGAUCGAGGMUAGUACACCUGACACCAUUAGCUUCAACCUAUUUGGUAAUAAGRUGUCAUUUGGGCGGASGGAGUUUGACAUUAUUUCUGGGCUUAAGUAUGAUAGGAGUCCAGUUAGAAAAGACACAUCUCCCCACAGACUCAGGGCUCUUUACUUUAAUGAUAGCAACGACGUUCUCUUGAGUGAAUUUGAGAAGAUUUAUUUAGCCGCACGGUUCGAGGAUGACUUCGACGCGGUCAAGAUAUCUAUUGUUUACUUAGUAGAGUUAGUUCUGUUGGGGAGAGAGAGGACUCUGAAGUACGACUAUACAUUGCUGGGAAUAGUCGAUGAUUGGGAAACGUGCUGCAACCACGAUUGA